AUGGCCGUUUUGGAUUAUGCUAUAACGAUAAAGCUUUUCUCGUACUUGUUGCAUGCUUUAGGCAAUAUUCGAAUUGGAUCAAUAUCUAGCACUAUUGCGGAUGUAACAGCCUUGAAACGUCAGAACCAAUUGUAUGACAAUAAAUAUUUUUUGGUGGAUUUAGCCGCCAGUGUUAUAUCUUUUUUGGUAUCUACAUUUGGGCUUUUGGUUACUUGUUGUGCGAAAUCGUCGAAUAUUAUAAGGAUCUAUGCUGUACUUUUUGCACUUCUUGUAAUUCUUCAAAUUGCUCAUAUUGUAUAUAUAUGCUUUUUUGUUGCUUCAUAUCAAGGGACCUACAUAUCAACUUGUAUUGAUGCAUUAAAAUCUAAUGGAAAUAGUACCGACUCAAGUAAUUGUAGUUCUGAAUUUAGAACUUUUGCUGCUCCGUGGAUCAUUAGUUAUGCCUUGGGAACUAUUAUUUCGAUCUAUUUUGCAUUUGUUAUCAAUUCUUACGCUACAUAUUGUAAAAAUAGAGAUAAAGUUACUCCGAAAAGGGCACGUCUUAUAAGGAUUUACUCUAUAUUAUUCAGUACCAUUGUAGCCAUUGCAGUUUUAUUGGAUAUAUGUGGAACAGUUGCCAUUGUUCUCUUUUUUAAUCAUGAUGUAAUAACAUGGGUUCUUGCAAAUGCCGUGGAUAUUAUUAUCUCGAUCCAUUUCGCCUUGGUUAUUAAUGCCUAUACUGCUACAGAACAUGGCUCUAAAGAAAAUAAAGAUAACAAUUUGGAUAUGAAUAAUGAUGAG